UAAAUCAAAGUAAGAUAAAUGGUUAUGAUUUAAAAUGUUAUUGGUCUUUCCUCUUGUUGAUUUUGUUCAUGAAUAGGUACUGUCUGUGUAAAUAAUGUCUAAGUUAUAUUUAAUAGUAGUUGUAGUUUCUUUAGCUCUUGAAAAUAAAGUUUCAGGAAUAAGUCUGCGCGUAGUGGGAGGAUACAAUGCGCCGACAGAAUUCGGCAGGUUCCACGCGUCGCUGCAGAAUGUGUCGGGCUACCACGUCUGCGGUGGUGCUGUAGUUUCCGAUUCUUAUGCUGUCACUGCUGCGCAUUGCCUUGUGGGUGCUGAUCCGAAGUAUGUAAAAUUGGUAGUUGGAACCACAAACCUAAACAUUGGUGGACAAGAAUUUGAUGUAGCAUCCAUUGUAAUCCAUGAGAACUAUAACUCCAGUCUAAGAACUAACGACAUAGCCAUAGUGAAGAUUGACGGAGUGUUUGACAAACGUAAUACUGAUAUAUUGGAAGUCGAUGGAAACCAGCUGGCUGAAGGAGAGCCAAUUAUUUUGACAGGAUUCGGAGCAUUGACCGCAAACGGUGAAUCAAGUCGAGUAAUGUAUGCGUUAAACCUGUCUGUGUUCAGUCAAGAAACCUGCGUAUACGCUAUGCGGUAUUCAAAAGAGGUAGUGGACACCAUGUUCUGCACGUUCGCUCAAAUAGGUCAAGGAACGUGCCACGGUGAUUCCGGCGGGCCGUUGGUAAAGAACAACAAACUGGUUGGUUUGGUUUCCUGGGGGAUACCCUGCGCAGUUGGCUUCCCUGAUGUCCACACAAGGAUAAGUUCCUUUGUCGAUUGGAUUAAACACAAGAUAAAUUAAACUGUAUUCCCAAUAAUAUUCUUUCAUCAUAAUCAUCCGCCUACCCUUACCCCCAUUUAUGUGGGUCACAUUGUGGCGUCACACUGUGGGGGCACAGGUAUGUCAGUGUCACAGUGUGUCCACUUAGGUAUAUUAUCUGUACAUCUGUUACCUCAUUAAUCUGUUUUACUUAUAAUAAAUGUUUAAUCACGUCUUGUAAUUAAAUGAAAAAAACAUU